CUGCAGGUUGCAGACAUGCAUUACGCCAAUGGAAAUAAAACACGUUGUCAGGACGUGUUGCCGGAGCAGAUGACGUCGUGCUCUGACCUCAACACCACGGCCUUCCUUGAGCGCCUGAUCCAUCUCGAGAGUCCCGAUCUCAUCGUCUUCAAUGGAGAUAACAUCUUGGAUUACGCGGGGAAUGCAAUAGCAUCCAUGGAUGCAGCGUUUGGCCCAGCUGUGUCGUCGAGGAUCCCAUGGGCUGCCGUCCUAGGCACCCACGACCGUCCAUCGACACUGUCAAGUGAAGAAGUGAUGAAACACAUCGUUACCAUGAACGGCAGCUUGUCUCAGCUCAACCCUCCAGGAUACACCAUCGAUGGAUUUGGGAACUACAACCUGGAGGUAGGUGGGGUUGAGGGCUCCAGUCUCCACAACAAGUCAGUUCUCAAUCUAUACUUUCUUGACAGCGGAGGCACCAGUGACGUUCUCUCCAUUCCUGGCUUUGGUUGGAUCAAGCUCUCACAGCAGCUUUGGUUCAAAAGAAUUUCCAACGAGCUCGAGAAAGCAUUCAUGGAGGAACCAGAGCCACAGAAAAGGUCGGCACCAGGACUUAUGUACUUCCACAUCCCAUUGCCUGAAUAUGCGAUGGUAAACUCAUCAAACAUAGUGGGUGUCAAGCAAGAGAAUGUUAACUCAGCUUCUGUGAACUCGGGCUUCUUCACAACCAUGGAAGAAAGAGGAGAUGUGAAGGCAGUGUUCACAGGCCAUGACCACAUCAAUGAUUUCUGUGGAAAUCUAAUGGGUAUUCAUCUGUGUUAUGGUGGAGGAUUUGGGUACAAUGGCUAUGGGAAGGAAGGGUGGGCGAGGAGGGCAAGGGUGGUGCUGGCCACCCUGGAGCAGACAGACGAGGGGGAGGGGGGUUGGGGAGCGGUGAGUUCUAUCAAAACGUGGAAGCGCCUUGACGACACUGACCUGUCUCUCAUUGAUUCCCAGGUCCUGUGGAGCAAGGAUCCCGGAUCUACUACCAACAACACGCUACACAGAAGAUACUACGGCCACAUAACCACAACAAUAUCGGCAACAUCUCCCUUAUGUUGUCUUUCAUGGAACAUGUUUCCAAUGUGCGGCUGUAUUUUCUUGUGGGUAGCUUUUGUUGGUAUGGAUAGCAUAUGUGGAUUCUAG